AUGAUGCAGUUGGCCGUGAUCUCAGACUCAUUCUGUGAAGCUCUGGGAAGGCCUGUCAUUGAUUGUGGACUUUCAGGGGAGCAAUUUUGGUCCUUUGUGAUAAAGAUACUUAUCAAUCAGGCUUUUUGUUCUGGAAUCCAAGAAAGGCAGAAACUCCAAAGAUCUUUCAGCCAUUACCAGAUUUUUAUCCCAGAGUCUCAAAGAAAUACUAGUGGCGUCCCUAAGAUGGUAUGCGUUGACCCAAAUUUAUUCACCCAAGGGACCCUUUUAAGUAUUCAUAACAUCUGCUCAGAAGUGAAGAGCAACUUUCUACUUUGCCACCGAGAAACAUUUCAGAGAGAAAUACUAACAAAUAUCAAUGGGAUCAUGAAACCAGGCCUUAAUGCUAUUAUGGAAUGCACAGGUGUAAGCAAAUCUUUCUUGCUGGAUGUCUUAGCUGCAAGGAAAGAUCCAAGUGGAUUAUCUGGAGACAUUUUGAUUAAUGGAGCCCCUCGACCUGCCAAUUUCAAAUAUAAUUCAGGUUUUGUGGUUCAAGAUGAUCUCGUGCUCGGCACCUUGACAGUGAGAGAAAAACUUAGCAUUCUCAGCGGCUCUUCGGCUUCCAACAACUAUGAAAAAGAUAAACGGAUUAAAAUGGUCAUUGAUGAGUUAGGUCUGAAUAAAAUGGCUGAUUCCAAGUAUGUUGACACCCAGUUUGUGAGAGGGAUAGCUGGAGAAGAAAUAAAAAGGACCAGUAUAGCAAUGGGGCUGAUCACUGAUCCUUCCAUCUUAUUCCUGAAUGAACCCACAAAUGGUUUAGACUGGAGCACAGCAAAUGCUAUCUUUUCGCUCCUGAAAAAGAUUUCUGAGCAGGGAAGAACAAUUAUCUUCUUUCAUGAACUUCAAAAUUCUGUCUUCAAUCUGUUUGACAGCCUCACCAUAUUGGCUUUAGGAAAGCUAAUGUUCCAUGGUCCCACAGAUAAGGCUUUGGAGUACUUUGAAUCAGCAGGUUAUCAUUGUGAGCUCUACAACAACCCUUCAGACUUCUUCAUGGAUGUCAUCAAUGGAGACUCCUCUCCUGUGAUAGUAAACAGAAAGAAGGUCUAUGAAGUCAAUGAGGCUGGACAGCUGUUUAUGAGAAAACUGCAAAUGAUCGAAGAAUUGGCUCAGUUUUAUACCAAAUCCCCUCUCCUCAGAGAAACAGAAACUGAAUUAGAGAAACUUUCAGGUGGCCAGAAUUAUGGAAGCUUGUCCUUCAAGGAGAUCACGUAUGUCACCACCUUCUGCCAUCAGUUCAGAUGGAUUUUCUGGCGUUCAUUUAGAAAGUUGGUGGGUCAUCAGUGGCCCUGGAUACUUCAGGUAAUCUUAGAGAUUCUUAUAAGCUUACUGUGA